CGACUUUUCUUUUCAUCUGGUUUCCCCAACCAAAUGUUCAUUGGAUAAUACUCGAGAGAAGAAAAAAAAAACCCCCCCAAAAAAACCCACGAUCAAAUACCAAUAGAAAGAAGCUUAUUCUAGACCAGUUCUAAUUCUGGUCAAGAUCUAUCCAAGAAAUAAAUCACGAAUCUUGGCUACUUGGAAACAAUUAUACCUCUUCCUUUGCAAGGCCUACAUUGAGUACCCGGUCUAUUAGAAUAAAGAUAACAGGUACCUCGGCAAAUCAUAUACGACACACAGAUUUCUGCACGGAUACCGCACCUCUUUAUUCAGAACAGCAGCGGCCGACGCCUACCGAUGUCGGGCCCUCCCUCCCGCCUGAAGGCGGUCCUCGGCCAUCUCGGCCUAGCCAACGCACCGGCGACGAAUGCGGGAGCGGAAGCCACGCAAGCCACUGCGCGUCCGAACCACCUGCACGCACUAUCGCCGACCUUCUUCCUCCCACGUGCGGCCGCCAUCGAGCCAGAGGCAGAGGCCGUUGUGCACGUGACCACCAACGGACGCACCCUGCGUCGAUCCUACGCCGAACUGGCAGAUCGUGCGCGGGGGUUGGCCUACUACCUCGGCCAGAAGGGCUUCUCCCGUGUCGGCAUCCUGGCUCCCAACACCCCGGCCUUCCUCGAGAGCAUCUACGGCGUCAAUGCCGCCGGCGGUGUCAUUGUGCCGGUGAACUAUCGGCUGAAGCAGGAGGAUAUCGCCUACAUUUUUGGCUUUGCACAGGUCGACGCCAUAAUCGUCGAUGCCGAGUUCGUUGGGCUGUUGGACCUCUACCGGAAAGACCAUGGGAAUGUACCAUUGAUUAUCGACACGGAUACGGACGUCACUGAAGGCGAGCUCAGCGGCCCCUUUGACGAGUGUAUUGCUCAGGGGUUGCAGCAUGACCGCGAGACAGGAGGCAAGGGCUGGGACGGCUUGUCCCCGCAACCCAAUGACGAGGAUGACCUUAUAGCCAUCCCCUUCACCUCGGGCACCACAUCAAAACCCAAGGGCGUGGAAUACACACAUCGUGGCUCAUACCUUGCUGCCCUUGCCAACAUCGUCGAGUCCGGCCUGAAUUACCACACCGGGAGAUGCAAAUACCUGUGGACGCUUCCCAUGUUUCACGCCGUCGGUUGGACCUUUCCAUGGGCUGUAACAGCCGUCCGAGGCACACACGUCUGCCUCCGCAAGAUCGACUACCCCUUGAUCUGGCGCCUGCUGACCGAGGAGCAUGUGACGCACUUCAACGCCGCCCCAACCGUCUGCACGCUGCUCUGCGCCGCCGCCGAGGCCCACCGGCUACCAGACCCGCCCGUGCGCGUCACAGUGGCCGCGUCGCCGCCAACUGCGCACCUCUUCCGGCAGAUGACGGAGCUUAACCUCUCGCCCGUCCACGUCUACGGCAUGACCGAGACGUACGGGCCCAUCACAAAGGGCUACCACAUGCCCGAGUGGGAGACGCUGCCCGAGGCGGACAAGUUUGCCCGCAUGGCGCGCCAGGGCCACGGCUUCCUCACCAGCCUGCCCAUCAGGAUCGUGCGUCCCGAGGAGGCCGAGAGGGGCGUGCUGAUCGACGUGGCCAAGGACGGCGCAGAGAUUGGAGAGAUCGUCUUUGCCGGCAACAUCUGCGCAAAGGGCUACCACAACGACCCCGAGGCCACGAAAAAGAUGUUUGCCGGUGGCGUCCUUCACUCUGGCGACCUGGCCGUGUGGCAUCCGGAUGGGAGCGCGCAGAUUCUGGAUAGGCAAAAGGACAUCAUCAUCUCUGGAGGCGAGAACAUAUCCUCGGUCGCUCUUGAGAGCAUGUUGGUCCAGCAUCCGGACGUCCUCGAGGCUGGUGUAGUGGCCGUGCCCGACUCACACUGGGGCGAGAGGCCCAAGGCGUACGUGACGAUCAGGCCGAGUAGGGAAGCAGGCAAGGCGCCGUUGACUCCACAGGGGCUCAUCGACUGGGCCAAGCACCAGAGCGCCAUAUCAAAGUUCAUGAUCCCCAGGGAAGUUGAGAUCGUCGACGAGCUGCCCAAGACGAGCACCGGCAAGAUUAAGAAAAAUGAGCUGCGGGAGUGGGCCAAACAUGGCAAAAGCAGCCAAGAAUAAACAACCCCCUCUAAAAGGGAUGUGUUUGCAUCUCAAUUUUUCGAGGCUGCCGAUAUGCAAAGCAGACACAUCCGUUUUGUCCUUUUGCCAGUUGACUUGAACAACGGCAAUUUCUUUUUUGGAAAGUUAUAGGCUGUAUCGAUGUGAUAUAACAGCCAUUGAUUUAGAGUAGACAGGCAGAAAUAACGAUAGAUGACGGAAAAAAAAAAGUGACCUUAAUUUGAAAGCCAUUUAACAAAAACCAAGACUCCUAUCCAAUAUAAAUGCAAUACAGGAUGUGGAGUGAAAACCCGCCUGAUUACGCCGAUUUGCCCCCAUGAUGCGACUUUUCUGCGCAUGCCCUUGCGCAAAAUAACAACCCAGUCUUGAAAAAGUAGAAGAACCGAAAAGAGAGAGAAAGAGAGAGAGAGAGAAAAAAGGCGUUGAUGAGGAAUAAGAGUGAUAGAAAGGGGUGUUGUAUAUAUCUGUGUGUA